AUCAAACUUGGUUAUAAGGGCUGUUCAUACCUAAAAUCUUUGCAUAUUUGACAUGUCUACCAAACCCAUUCACCAUUUGCUGAAAAUCAAUCCAACAAGUGAAUGCUGGAGAGUGUUAGUUCGUGUGGUUCGAUUGUAUAAGAUGCCAGAUUACAAUGAUGACAAAGUCACUAAUUCGAUUGAGAUGAUAUUCAUGGAUGAACAUACACUAUGGGAAUUCUUUCAGCUGUUGGGAAGGAAAGGGAGAUAGUGAGGGAGUCAAAAAGAACAAAGAUGAUUGUGAUUACGUUGGAGGCCGAAGGACAAAGGUUGGAUGUUACUUUAUUUGGUGAGUAUGUUGACGUGCUUAAAAGCUUCUUUCGACACGCGCCAUUGGAACAUGCGGUGAUUGUCAUUCAAUAUGCUAAGGUCAAGAUGUUUCAAGACCAAAAUGACUUCCUCGAUAUGAGCAAAACAAGGGUGAUUGCUAACCUUAAGGAGUCUAAUGAGGAUGGAUCGUAUGUGGUGUAUGGGACUAUUGUUGCGGUAAACAAUGAGAGCGAUUGGUGGUAUUUAGCAUGUAAGUGUAACAGAGCUGUUAAACCUGAUGGUGCAAUAUAUCUUAUCAAGCUGUCUGUUAAAGAUGAUUCUGGAACAACCACAUUUGUUUUAUUUGAUCGUGAGGCGUCCAAUAUAUUGAAUAUAUCCUGUGCAGAAUUGAUGGAAAAAAGUGAUUUGGCUGGAAGUUUUGAAAAUCCAAAAGAGUUUGAUGAUCUCUUGCUUGGGAAGACGUAUAUUUUCAAAGUUGAGGUAAGGGUCAUGAACCGCGGCCAACAUGAACACUCUUUUAGAGUGUCAAAAGUAUGUCACGAUGAUAGCAUCAAGAAAAAAUACCUAGAAUCUAUUCAUGCAAAUAAUUCAAAAGCUACAGCGAAUCGCGCUAUACCAGUGUACUCCGUUGAGGAGGAGUUUUUAAACAGAACGCUUGCUAAAACAAUAGAGUCUUUGAAGGAUUGCACCGAGGAUGGAGAGUAUGCAGUCUACGGUACCAUCAAAGGUGUGGAUGGUGGAGCUGAUUGGUUCAUACCAACGUGUAGGUGUGGAUCGGAAGUGAUUCCACGGAAUGGCUUUUACUACUGCAGCGACUGUAAAAAAUGUGUUGUGAAUGUGAUUCCAAGGUAUCGAAUUAAGGCAAGAGUGAACGAUGCAUCAGAUAGUGCAACUUUUGUGAUAUUUGAGAGCCUUGGAUGUUUGUUGUUGCACAAGUCCUGCUCCGAGAUGCUGAAAUUAAGUGAGGAUGUGAACAACCAGAUGUUUUCAAACAAAUGCUACUUGAAAAGUCAUUUAUCUUCAAGGUUGAAGUCAAGACUGCAAAUAUGAAUGAUUUUGAACCUUUCUACAAUGUGAUUGACAUAUGCUUUAAUGAUCGGAUCAUUUCAAAAUUUAUGGAGAUGCACUCUUCGUUUUUCUCUCCUCAGACGGAUAAGACUAUCGGGUAUUCAACUGAUGGGAAGACAAACACAGAAGUCAUUUCCGUUGGCAAUGCAUCAUCUUGCGUAAAGGUAUAUAUUGAAAUCCAAGACAUAGAAUAAGAUUAAUAUUUAAAUAUUUUUUAUUCAUUAAAUUUCUGGUGCAACC